GAAACGUCUCUUAAAGGGACACGGCGAAUUUUAUGUAAAAGGUUCCAACAACGACAGCUGCGAACACAGAAAAGAGACACAUUGAGGAGGAAAGGACGCCAGCCAAGAACCAAGCUUUGUAGCAGGAUAGAGCAAGAAGACGGAACUGAAAGUACCCGAGCCUUUUAACCAUCUUAUACGCAGCUAAUGUUGCUAACUUCUGUGUUCAGUCUUCUGCUGUUAGCCACCUGGAAACCGACAACGUAGCAGUCAACACGACAGAUAAAAAAAAAAAAAGGCCAAACUCCGAAACGACAGGGACGCGUCAGUUCUGGCUUCCCUCUGAGUUCAUCUUUCUUUGUGAGGGAUUCUGGGAGGAAUGACCCAAUCAUGAUGUCACAGCCGUGCCCCACUUCAUGCCGAGGUCACCAAGGAGGGAGUGCCUGGCUAUUGGCCAAUUGUAGGAGGAGUGCCAACAGAGUAAUUAUUAAAAGUCUUGUGUGGUACUGACAGUCCGCUCCUGCUGGUUGUCCCUCUUCAUGAUGAUUAAAAGAAUCCACUAGAACGCCAUUUAGACACAACUUCCAGAUGUUGUGCCAGAGGCAGGGUUUCCAUGCAGGAGGAUUUGAACAACGAGUGACACAAAGGUGGCGUGUGGCUCAGCUUCUUGAUUCACACACUUUGAAGGGAUCACAUCAGAAACUGUAGGACAUCUCCUUCCUGUGGAGCAUCUUGAUUUGCCUCCUUGUAGCUGUGAGGCCCUACUUGCAAAAAAGUAAUUUAAAAACGCUUUUCUUGCAACUGUGAAACCAUGCGGCACAUUCACGUUGAGUUGGCCAACAAAAAGGCUCCACUGGAUUUUCCAGCACAGGAGGGGGACCUGCCACCGUCUGCCUCUCCAUCCAAUGGAAUAAACUCUGCGGUUAGAGCGGGCGCAUCUAGGCGCUUUGACCAGGAAGAGUUGCGUCUUCAAAAGGUCUACCAGCUCUCCAUUUUCUCUCAGAUGGGGGGCUUUUCCACCUCCACAGGAUCCUGCACAGAUGCCCAACAGAAGACAGGCCGGAUAGGCGUGAAAAGGGGACUAGAAGAGCCUCAGUUGACACACAAGCGCUCCCACCUUGAAGACAAAUCAGACAGUGAAGUGCUGGAGGGACGGGUGUUAUGUGGAUCAGUCCCAGCUCAAAGUGUUGGGAUAGGGUCAAUGACUGGGCCUGGGUGGUCAGAUUCUCCAUAUACGUGCAUGCAGGUGGAGCACAGAGACUCUGAGGGUGGUUUGUCACCUAGAUCGCCACCCCUUUCCCCAAGCCACAACUCCUUCCGACGCCCAGCUCACAACAAUCAUGACAGGCCCAUCCUUGAUGCAUUUACUCCACUCUCACCUAAAUCAUCCCCAAAGUGUGACCCACAUGGGUACGUUUGUGACCAGGGCCACUCAAACGGAAGCUCAGUAAGGACAGAUGCAACUAAUGGGGGCCGUACACCUACACACUCACUAGGUACCCCUGGACAGGACAGUUGUAGUAAUGGCUCAUCUGGAGGCCAGCUCAGCCCCCACUUGUAUGAAAUGUCCACAUAUGAAACUCCAAAUCCUGCCAGCCCUACCAGUCCACCUGGCCCGUUUUCACCUCCACACCACACAGAAAUGCAGGAACCAGGGGAAGCUACUGAAUGGGACAUUGGACUUGAAUCCUCUCCACCUGAGCGAAGUGCCACGCAAGCUGCCAGUACGUCUAAUGGUUUGGCUUCCUGGGAGAAAACCCCUGUCAGUAAUGGCCAUCGUCUGUACUCUGGAGGCCACUGGCCAGCUAAAAAAAGGUUGCUGUCCCCAAGUGAUGCAUCAGAAUCGUGCUCGGAAGAUGAGGGACCUUCAACUUCAAAAAGAAGCAGGUUGUCUUUGCUAACGUCUGGACUAGGCCCAGCGUCUUGUCGUAGCACUGAUGCUAAAGCUGCACCGUACUGGAACCACCUGCUGCCGACUGCACGGGACCGGCCCAAGACUGCCGUAGAUUGUACACGAUCAGGGAGACGACUGAAGAAUGGGCUGCGAUUAAAAAGUCGGCAGCUGCGCAGCGGCAGGCAGACUGACACCGGGCGGUCUACACGUUCGACAUGGCCUUCCUCUUCCUUCAGCAGAUCGUUGCUCUGCAACUUUGAGGAAUCCAUACUAAAGGGUCGUUUUUCCCCAUCGGGGCAGAUUGAAGGCUUCACAGCAGAGAUCGGUGCCAGCGGUUCCUACUGUCCUCAGCACGUCACCCUGCCUGUGCAGGUUACAUACUACGACAUCUCAGAGCAUAGCGCACCCUCCCCCUUCCUGGGGGUGAUAUGUCUUGAGCCUAUUGGAAAAAAAGGAUACAGCAUACCCAAAGCAGGGACCAUUCAAGUGACCUUAUUUAAUCCUAACAAAACUGUGGUGAAGAUGUUCCUGGUGACGUACAACUUCGGAGAUAUGCCUGUCAAUCACAUGACCUUCCUGCGCCAUCGCAUCUUCCUGGUGCCAGUGGAGGAGGACGCUGAGGGGAAAGACAAGGCGUCUCCAGGCGGUGGAGUGACGGACAGGAAGAAGAUUCUCUGCUACUUGAUGCAUCUCAGAUUCCAUAGCUCCAAAUCUGGGAAGAUUUACUUGCACAACGAUAUCCGGCUGCUAUUUUCCCGCAAAUCCAUCGAAGUGGAUACCGGGAUUCCAUAUGAGCUGAAAUCUUUCACCGAGGUGCCAAGAAACCCUAAAUACUCCUCCCGUCUGUGACCCCUGCCUGACCUUUAGAAGCUCUCCAAUACAAACGCAGCCCCUUCGUUGCUUCCUGAAGGAGUGGAAGUGGAACCGAAAAAAAAGCUGCAGGAAUUCUGAACACGAAACUUGAUCAGAGUCGAUGACAAACAACACAAGCACACAAGACACAUACAGUGUUGGUCAUUGAAAAAGUCCCCCUUUUUAGUGCGUGCGCUAUUUUAUUUAAUUUUUUAUUAAAGAUUCAGAGACGAUUUAGAAAAAGCCCACUCAGACAAACACGGCAGUUCACCGAAAACAUUUUUAGAAAAUUAGCUUUGAGGCUAAUUUUGUCCAGCAAGGAAGUAAUCAAAAGCAGGACUUUUUCAGUGCCUUCAUCUGUACAAGGAAAGAAAUGCACAAAGUGUCACUAAAACAUACACGCACGCCCGUCAGACUGAAGCAUAUCGCAUAUAAAAGAUGACAAUGCAAGAACACUUUUUAUGACAACUCUGAGUUUGAGUGUUAACAUGCAUGCCUUGUGACUGAAACACCUGAAUUAUCCUCUAGUGCCGUUUCACACUGUCCUUCACUCUGCCUCACUCAUUGGACCAAAACUAUUUUAAAGCUGGUUUAAAAACAACAAAAUAAAGGCCACAAAAUGAUGAACACCCCCCUGACUGUGGGAUGUCAUGCACUUUUACAUUUCUCUAACAGAAGAGCAGAGACACUAGAGAAAUCAUACAAACAGCCGACGUUAUUUGAUCUAUCAUUCAAAUUAAAAUAAAACCGAUGGACCUAAUGUGACUAAACUCCAGACUUCUGUUGGGAUAAAUGUAAUAUUUUACCUGCUGCAGUACAAACCACUAUGUACACAUAAAAAAAACCCCAGGAAUUCAUUUUCGUUAUGUAGCCAGACUGAGGGACAUUGUGCUGUUUUCUUUUUUUUAGAUUGUGUUCAUAGCAGUCUGAUGUUGGAGCAAAUAACUGGCAGAAAAGACACAUUGUAGUAUUAUUAAUUUAUGUUUUCAAAAAUGUCUUAAUAAGCAAUAUGCUGCACAAAGUAGAGUGUGUUUUCAGCUUGGACAAACUUUCUUUUGGAC